AUGCACGCGUUUCUACCAUUUCUUUUCCUCUUUUUGUACCAUUCGCAAGAAGUGCGUGCAGGAACCUUUUGCAGUGAAGUCCAAUACACCUUAAUCAACGACACACGUCGUAGCACAGCGUUUAAAAGUUCGCCACCAUAUCUUUGUGACCGUGGAAUCAUCGAAGACAAUAAGUGGUACCGAUUUUACAGUGCAUCUGGUAACAUCACUCUUAUCCCUACAGAAAAUCCCGGUUUAAAUCGCUGUGGUACACACGUUCCAAUAUGGUUCAAUGGUGAACAUCCAACGGAAGAAAAUAUUAUCGUUAACGCAACGGCGUGUGCAGCUAUUGCUUUCCAGUUGCCAAAAGGAUGUGGUAUUUCCUACGACAUUAAAGUUGUUAAAUGUCCUGGCGACUUCUACCUUUACAAACUAAAAGAGCCCAAGCAAUGUUUUUUGGCUUAUUGUG